AUGGCCAAGCCCUCCAUCACCGAAACCACUCCGGACUGGAACAAAGUUUUCAACGACGAGAAGUUCAUCAAACAAUACGAACUUGGGGAGAAAGUCACCGGGGUGUUCGGCCAAGCUCUCGUGGACCAGACUGACGUGGUAGCUCACUCCAAGUCGCAUCAAGAACAUCCGUUGGUGGCGUUAGACAAUGCAUGUGGGACUGGAGUUGUCUCGAGCAUCCUUCAAAACUCUUUGGACGAUGAAGUCAAGGCCAAAAUGCAGCUUACAUGCGCCGAUUUCUCGCAGGGGAUGUUGGAGUAUACGCGACGCCGAAUUGAAAGGGAAGGUUGGGUCAAUGCUGAUGUGAAACAUGUCGAUGCGCAAGAUACAAAGUUGCCAUCGGAUCACUAUUCACAUGUCUUCACUUCGUUCGCCUACAUGGCCCUUCCCAAGGGGUUGAGUGCUCUGGAUGAAACUACUCGUAUCCUACAGCCAGGAGGUAUAAUUGCCUUCACCACCUGGAUUGAACCGGGCUGGGUACCGGUCACCACAGAGGCAAUUGCAACACUUCCCUACGACUUGCCAUGGCCGUCUGCAAAGGAGUUCUUGAGCUUUCUAAACAGCGGUGAAUGGGACAAUGUGGAAUGGAUCGAAUCUGAGCUAAAGAAACGAGAAUUUGGUCAUAUCAGUGUCAACGCCGUUACGAAACACAAUACUAUGCCCGUGGCUGGUUUCGUGGAUAUGACCAUGUUCAUGGUCCCUGUGAUCAUCGAGCACUUCUGGUCAGAGAAAAUGCGCCAGGCACAUAAGGAAAAGAUUCGACCAACCUUGGAGAAAUAUCUGGUCGAAACUUACGGUGCAGAUGGAGAGGUGCCAGGAGAGUGGAAGGCAAUUGUAUCCACGGCGCGCAAAGCCGUAGCGUGA